GUCCGAACAGGUCCAGCGAGGACAACAGCGCGACAAACACCACCACACCCUGCUCCAACUCCAAUUGACAGCAGCAGCGAGGCAACAACCCCUUCAGCCCCAGUGGACGAGAUGCCGAAGCGCCAGCGGAAUGCAGAGUACAAGGUCGUCCUGGAGACGGGCGACGUCCACAUUGUCACAAAAGAAGUGACGACGGGGCUGGACCUUGUGAAAGAAGUGACACACUCCAUGGGCAUCACUGCACACUUUGCCAGCUUGUUUGGCCUGUUUCGAAAGAUGUCCGUGGACACGCCAAACGAGUGGGUGUACCUCAACCGCCCGCUCUCCCCCUGCACCGUCCACGCCGCCCAGACGCUGCGCCUCUUCCUCAGGAUGCGGUGCAAACCAGACGACGUGCGGCAGCUGUGCGAGCGCGACCCAACAGCCGCCAUCUACUUGCAGAACCAAAUUGCACGCCAGAUCUCGACGGGCGGUGUCCCCGUCAACGACGUGCAGCUCGGAGCCAACAUCUGCGCACUGCAGAUUGUGCUGCAUCUGAUUGAGGACUACCACCGCCGUCACGUGCGCUGCUCAUCCGUUCGCGCAGCAGACAUGCUCUCAUACUUCAAGUGCGAUGACAUGUUUGUGGUGCUACUGCCGGUGAUCGUGCUGCUGCUGCUGGUGGUGGUGUGUCUUCACACCGUGGCUCAACGUCUUCUCCAGCAGCAGCAGCAGCUGGCGUUGUACAGUGGUGAUCUGCAGGCAUGA